CGAGCUGUCAUAGAUUAGAGAAACCCUGGGACUUCAAACCGGCGCGCAAUGUGUUGCCAGUUUUAUCAAGCAAACAGACUAUGACAGUUGGAAAUAAACCCCUACAUACUUGUAGGAUGUCGAGAAUUUAGAGUAGAUUUAUUUCAUUAAACCGACACAUUUAUACUGUUUGAAUUGUAGUCUGGUGUAAAGUUUCUUAAUAAUUGGAUACAAAUAGUAUUAACCAACAAGUGGAAUUUGGUUUGGAAAGGGAAAAGGGAGGCAAAGUGAACUGGCUUCAGUUAUGGAAGAGCAAAAGGGUCAAAGUAGCCGGGAUUCGAGCGAAGGGGAGAGCGUUUCCCUGUCUCCGAAUCUGCCUUCUCCUCUGAUCCUGCCUCAUCCGGCGGCGCAGCAACCUCACAGAACCACUAACUUUUUCAUUGAUAAUAUUUUGAGGCCAGACUUUGGGUGCAAGAAGGAGUCCGGGAACAGAGACCGGGCGCAGACCUCAGGCAGAGAAAAUGUCAACCCUUUGAUAAUAAGGCCAUCUAACCCUAGCACACUUUGCCAGGAUUCAAACUGUAGUAGUGACAGCACUUCUUCUUCGUCUUCUUCUUCGUCUUCGCCGUCGUCGAAACAGAGCCAGUCAAAGCAAGACGAAGGUAAUGGAACUAAUACGACGAAAUAUGGAGAAAAUAACAACUCCACUAUGAUUGUGAGCUUAAAUAAUGGUGCCAAUGUGAAGAAGGACGCGCAGCCUCUGCUAUGGCCUGCCUGGGUCUAUUGCACAAGGUACUCAGACAGACCAUCUUCUGGUCCACGCACGCGAAAGUUGAAAAAAAAGAAAAACGAGAAAGAAGACAAGCGACCUAGAACAGCUUUCACAGCCGAACAGUUGCAGAGACUUAAAGCUGAGUUUCAGGCCAAUCGCUACAUUACAGAGCAAAGGAGGCAGACCCUGGCCCAAGAACUCAGCCUCAACGAGUCACAGAUCAAAAUCUGGUUCCAAAACAAGAGGGCGAAGAUCAAAAAAGCCAACGGCCUCAAGAACGGUCUGGCCCUCCAGCUGAUGGCACAGGGACUAUACAAUCAUUCCACCACCACGGUUCAGGGCGAGAAAGAAGACAGCGAAUGAUCUUGCUUUUAAAAUAUACUCUAAAGACAAUGAAAAAAGAGGAAACAAGAGAUUCUGAGGAAUAAACAAGCGAAUGGACUGAGACAGGUGCUAUUUAAAUCAAAUCUAUGUCUAUCCCAUAGUAUAUGAACUUAACUAUAAAUGACAAACAUUAUAAAAACAAUAAUAAUAAUAAUAAUAAUCUAUAUAUAUAGCCAAACACCAUAUGACGUUGUAUAUAUUUAAUUUCAGGUAAGGUUGUGUCUGGCAAUCCCUACUUGCUGGAGAUUUUAUCUUGUUGUUUUCUUUAUGAUGCUAUUGAUCACUGUUUUUAGUACGUGUCUGAUACAGAGAUUGUUUGUGAUUUGUCUUCCCCCGACCCCCAUAUGUUCACAAUUCUAUACAGACCGCGAUCCUGGACCGCCGCUAAAGCCAAAGAUGUCAUUAUGUUCAGAAAUAUGUAGUCUGAAAUAAAAUGUAGAAUGUGCUCUCGAAUGA